AGUAAAGCCCAUAAGAAACCUGAGCAAAAGCAAACACUGUUAGCUAUCUCCAUCGUUGAACUCGAAGAACACACACUGUAACAGACGAUGAACAAACAACAAUGGCUAGCUUUAGCAUUCAUCCUCACCGUUUCUUAUUUAACUUCACCGUCACUCGCUUUUCAAUCCGAUGAACUUCUCGUAGACGACGACGAGUUUAUCGGCGUCAAACCAGUAGCCCGUUCUUCUCCCGAUUCACCAUACACUAAAUCAACAGCAUCACCGUCGCCGUCGUCGUCUUCCUCACCGGCUUCUACUACCAAGCGUAAGUUCUCGGAUCCAGAUUCGGAUUCCAAGAUCCAAUUCGAACUUCAACAUGCUUUUGGUGAUUCUGAUUUUGUAACUGCCGGUACCUUCUCUGCUCGCCUCAAAACUUGGAGUCAUGGCAGCCAGACUCUAACGAAGCUGAGAUUUUCGAGGAAUGCGUUUACUGAUGUGGAGAAAGAGCAAUUUGAAAAAUUGCUGGUUGGAGAUGAGUUUUAUACGAUAAGAUUGCCAUCUAAUGUAUUGACUCCUCCCGGAAGAGACUAUGUUGUUUCGUCUGUUAAAGCGAGAUGUCUUCCACGGGAAGGACUGGAUGAGCAUUUUGUCAUACACAUGGAAGGUGUUAAUAUCUUGGCUGUCAAUUAUGGUGGCCCAGGGGCGUGCCCAUUCCCUCGGCAAAUGAAACUUCCUGCUAAAUGGUCGUUCAACAGCCAUACGGUGCUAAAGAACAGCGAACAGGCUUCAAGAAGUCCAAUAUUUACAGAGGAGAUCAUUGGAGAAAACGGAGAGGGUGAAACUGUACCACCACCUGAAAGAUCCUUCUGGGCUAAAUAUUGGAUGUACAUGAUUCCUCUUGGACUCAUAGUGAUGAAUGCCGUAACUCAAGCAAUGAAUUUGCCUGAAGAACAAGCCGCCGGCCAGGCAGGUGCCCCGCCAGCGGGAGCAGUCCAACGAGCGCCGAGUUCUGCUGUGAGAAGACGAUGAUGAACACACAAGUUUUACUUCUAGAAAUUUAAGACAAUUUAAAUUUAGCUUUACUUUUCUUACAUCAGACCUUCAGUGAGUUUUGUGGUGACUAUUUAUUCUGUAGGAAACACAAACUAAUUUAUAUCAGAAGAUUCAUGUUGCUA